GUCAACAGUGUCACAGUUUUGCAACUUACAUUAAUUUCUGCUAACUAAAAAAAUAUUUCUAGGGAUUGGUUUGUGUUGUUUAAAUUAUUCAUAUAUAGUUUAUUUUAAUGUCUACGAGAUAUGGAACACUAAGAAGUCAUAGUUAUUAAACGAUUUAACAAUUCGAAUUGAGAUUGUAUUAGUUGAAUUUAAUUAGAAAUAGAAGCGUGGAGAAAUAGUCUGCGAUAAUGUCAAAGAAAGACGAUAAGAAAGAUGAUAAAAAGAAGGAUAAGGGUAGUAGCGCAUUUCUUAAAGAUUUCCUUGCGGGUGGUAUAUCUGCCGCAGUGUCAAAAACUACCGUAGCACCCAUUGAACGAGUGAAGUUAUUAUUACAAGUGCAGCAUGUAUCUAAACAGAUUGCAGCUGACAAACGAUACAAAGGUAUAAUGGAUGCAAUUGUGCGUAUACCUAAAGAGCAAGGGAUAGGAUCCUUUUGGCGCGGUAAUUUAGCGAAUGUGCUGCGAUAUUUUCCAACGCAGGCGCUAAAUUUUGCGUUUAGGGAUGUGUACAAGGGGUUUUUUCUUAAAGAUAUCGAUAAAAAUGUUCAAUUUUGGAGAUAUUUCGCCGGUAACUUAGCAUCAGGGGGUGCUGCUGGCGCGACGUCUUUAUGUUUUGUAUAUCCCUUAGAUUUUGCGAGAACCAGAUUAGCUACGGACGUCGGAAAAGGCAAGUCUAAAGAAUUCAACGGUUUAAUUGAUUGUCUUCUUAAGACUUUAAAAUCGGAUGGUCCUAUUGGCUUAUACCGUGGGUUCGUCGUAUCUGUGCAGGGAAUUAUUAUUUAUCGCGCCGCAUAUUUUGGAUUCUACGACACUGCACGCGGCAUGCUACCGGAUCCAAAGAAUACCCCUUUAAUCAUAUCUUGGAUGAUCGCACAGACUGUAACAACUGUGGCCGGAAUCACAUCAUAUCCUUUGGAUACUGUUAGACGAAGAAUGAUGAUGCAGUCUGGUCGGCCCAUCAACGAGCGCCAGUACAAGAGCACCGCCCACUGCUGGGUUACUAUACUGCGCCAAGAAGGCCUCGGAGCAUUCUUUAAAGGUGCCUUUUCAAAUAUACUCCGAGGCACGGGAGCGGCAUUUGUACUCGUGUUGUACGAUGAAAUAAAGAAAUUACUUUAAAUGACGUCAA